GCACUCGCGGUGCAGUGCUGGUUGCUAAGGAACCACAGAAAGCAGGUGGCACAAAGAUGAGGAUGACGGUACGGUGAGAAUAGUGGUCGGUCUGGAUGGUUGAGGUGUGGCGGGGACACCACAAACCACGCCAGAAUUCUGACGACUAAAACUUCCAUCACCCUCGGUGUACCUCCAUGUGUCUCCUUGCUCCGUAAUUAUGGUUACACUUAUCACAGAGCAGCUCCACAAGCAGAGUUUAGAGGAACCCUAUCACAAGGCUUUUUCUUUCAAUGCCAGUGUGUCACUACCUGCAGUGGGCUCCAGUCCUACCAAACAAGGGACCAGUUCAGCUACACACUUGUCAUCUACGGCGCAUGUUUUGGCUGAUUCCUGCGAGCUAGACUCCCUAUGGCCUGGAGACCCACUCCAGGGACCGGAGGUUGCCUUCACAGACAAAGCUUCCCAAAGUUCACCCCCGCCACCUUCAAAACGCCACUGCCGUUCCCUCUCUGUUCCAGAGGAUCUGUCCCAGUGCCGCUCGACCUGGCACCCGAGUUCAUCAAAAGUUUGGACUCCGGUCAAACGAGGCUGCCAUAGUAGAGGAGCAUCUAGUUUGGGGUCUGGGGCCAGCUUUUUGCCACUUUGUGGUGCCAGCUCUUCCUUUACUUCCUCGUCUUUACACUCCUCUUCUAGCCCAAAUUUUUUUAGUUUAGCACAGUCUUCUGACUCUGCUUUAUCGUGGGGCUUUCCAUGGGACCCCUGUGAUACAUUAAAAGGAGCUUAUUCUGCCUCUUUUGCUAAACAUUCCUCUUGCUCAUCUUCACCAGCACCCCUGGUUUCUCACUCAGUCUUGCAGCGCCGAUUUUCCCUUUCUCCUGUGCACAUUCAGCGGCCCUGUGUAGCCUCUUUGCACCCCCAGCCCUCACCUACUUUUGCUCCCACGUAUGGCUUUUCUGGCUUGGAACAUCCAGCCUUGUCUUCAUCUCCCACUUCAGCCUGCAGCACACCAUCCUCUUCUAGGCGGGACCUGCACCCUGCACUGCCACGAUGUCACUCGCAGCCCUGCGACAUGCGCAAACCACGUUUGAAGAGGCGCCACGACCCAGAUGUCUUGCCCUGCCCCAGACCAGGACUGGACUUCAGUAAGAUGACACAGAUUGGUACCUUUGAGAACUUGGUGUGUGGAACAAGUGACUUCAUAUUUCCAACAUCCUCCCAAUCAGAGCAUCGCUUCACUUUCUCCCCUGCUGAAAUCCUGGGACGAAGCAGCAUCGGCCCUCUAAGUGAAAGUGAAGAGGAAGAGGAGGAAAGAAAAAGGACUGUGUUGGAUGUUGGAAAAAACAUAUUUGAAAGAGAUUGUACAGAACUGGACUUGAGCCUUAUAGAAGAAAACUGACCACAGUGUGAACUACUGCAUCUAGAACUGUUUAAAGCACACCUGUAGGCUGUAUGCUAACUUCUGGCAGAGCCUUUGGGAACAAUCAGCCCUCGUCUGGCACACGUCCAGAGUUCAUCAUGAAGAGCCAAGUGAGCAGGAGCUCAUUUUCAUUCCAUUGCUUUGGUUGUAACACUUUAAUACGCUCCCUAUUCAAAUUUACACACACAGAGUCAGUGCCUGCCUGUUCAGCCCUCCACGAGACAUGCACGUGAGCAAAUAAUCAACUUUAUGGGCACAGACUUUAGGAUAACUUUAUAUUAAGUCUUAAUUUAACCAUUGGUAUGCAUCUUAAUAGUCUCACGUAACUUAUGAAACACUACAUAUGCAAAUGAGCAAACAUGACAACCUGCUUUGUUUACAUGCUGCGCACUGAAACCCAGUAGUUAAAUUGGCUUAAAUGUUCAUUUUUGAAUAAGAUGCUGCAAUUAAAUACAUUUUCUCUUAAUUUGGUCUUAAUUACAGUAAAUGUAAGCUGUUUGAUGUUGCCAUGUGUAGAUUAAAUUAUUAAAAUAGCCCAAAUAAUGACAGAAGCCUAUACAUGAACACUCCUGUGCAUAAAAACAGGAAACAUUCCAGAUGAAUUCUUUUGAGUCCCACGUACAUAUCGCUUGUCUCUUUGGAAUAACUUCAAAAAGGGAAGUUUUUCAUUGUGUUUGGUAAAUGAAGAUUGUCUCUCUUUUUUUUCCUUUCUGGUUUUAGAUACCUGGGAGUUGCUUUGACGUCAACACGUUAGCAACGUUACUGAUGAUACUGUUAUAACUUUAACCAUGCCUUAAGCCUAAAACAGAGUUCUUGGUGCUCUGGUUAUUUCCCAGCCAGAUGCUUUUGUAGUGCGUGUUUCAGAAACGACUGAAUGUGUGAAACAUGCACUAGACUCGUUGGCUGAGGGGGAAAAAAAGUGAAUGCAGAUUAACUUCCUCCGGAGAUGAUGUACAGACGAGAGCGAGCACAUGGAGAGCGUAUGUGAGGGGCUGCGGUGGUGCAGAUGGUGGCCUUUAAGAAACGAUUUUCAUGUUUUCAGAUGGAAAUAUACUUGU